AUCUCGGUGCACCGUCGCAGGAAACCGUAUACAUACGUCCGCAUAUGUUCCUUCAGGACACUCGGGCGACUUUCUGUCGAUUGAUCAAGAUCAGAAGGUCGAUGCUAGUUUAUCACCCGGCCCCGUCGGGCACUACACGUGCAACCGCACGUGUCCACUGCUGCCCUUCCCUCUCCGUCUCUAGCUCCGCAUAGAGAGAGCACAGCGAUGGCGUCCACGUCGUGUCCUGGCCCGCAUAGUUCCGCCGCCGGGGGAAUCGCCACGGCGGUCGCCACCCUCUUGUCCGACAACCAAUCCCUCAUCGCGGUGAGACCAGAAUAGCUCGAUCAAGGGCAUCCCCGUGGACCUCGAGAAGGAACAGCAAUCCGAUUAGUUUGGCUACAAAGCAGUAGAUCGUCCUCCCAAUCUCGAUCCUUCACUUCUUGUUGCUGAAUCAGGUGAAGGAAUUGGAAGCCACGGUCUUGAAGCUUCCAAAGACGUCCAAUGACGGCACCUUUUCUCAGAGAGGAGAACCGGAUUGGAGGAUCCAACAAGAAACCGAACCCGACAGUGGAAGAAAGGCGGGAGACCGAACCCACCAUCAUCUUUAUUCUUGCCUCUGCAAAGAGUGCAGUAGCGAUUCCUAGCUUAGGAGUAGAGAAAGAAGGAGUAUGAACACGUACACAAUGGUUUAAAGAAGUGCGCUUCUCUCUUCUUCUUUCUUUAGCUGAUUCCUUACUUGCCAGUUGGAGAUACCGGAAGCCAAUCCAAUCCCAUUCCAAUCCAAAAAGAAGGAAAAAGAGCAAAAGCAGAGCCCCAUCUCUUCCCCGAGAGAAUAAAGGAAAGCAAAGCCAGGCCUCUCUUUCUCUUUCUCUCUCUUGCUUUCCCCUUUCUUCUUAUAUGCUACAUAAUGCGCCUUCCCCCUUCCCCCACCCCUUUCACGCACUCAUUCUCCUCUUCCUCCCGCGCACGACGAGCCGCCACCCACCGUCUCCUUUGGGGAAGAAGAACAACGAGAAGAGGAGGAAAAAUUGAUGGCGAGCGGCAGCGGAAGCAGCGAAUACGACACGGGGCAGUUGAGGAGGACGCCCUCGAGGAGGAUGACGAGGCAGCAGACAAUGGUGGAACCGCCAUUGGAGGAGGCCCCCGACAGCGAGCUCGUCCCCUCCUCACUGGCCUCCAUCGUCCCCAUUCUCCGUGUCGCCAACGAGAUCGAAGGCCAGAACCCUCGUGUUGCCUAUCUCUGCCGCUUUUACGCAUUUGAAAAGGCCCACAAUUUGGAUCCUACAUCAAGUGGCCGUGGUGUCCGCCAGUUUAAAACAUAUCUCUUACAUAAGCUUCAAAAGGAUGAAGAGGAAAACGAGCGAAGGCUUGCUCGCAAUGAUCUGAAAGAAAUCCAAUUGUUCUAUCAGUUGUACUAUGACAAAUAUGUUAAGGAAGGACCUGAAAGAAAACCCGAGGAGAUGGCUAAGCAUUAUCAGAUAGCAUCAGUAUUAUAUGACGUGCUGAAAACUGUGGCUCACGGAAAAGUUGAUGAUGAGAUAGAUAGACAAGCAAAAGAAGUUGAGAGAAAGAAAGUUCAUUUUGGACCAUAUAACAUUCUUCCUCUUCAUGUUUCUGGGCCUGCUCCAGCAAUUAUGGAACUUGCAGAGAUUAAAGCAGCAAUCAAUGAACUACGCCAGGUAGAAAAUCUUCCAAGGCCUAGUGUACGAUCAACGUCUAAUCCUCACCAGAGAGUCGAUGGAUCUUUGAUGCCUGAAGAUGGGGAUAUAUCCGUUAAUGAUUUGCUUGACUGGCUUGGUCUAACUUUUGGCUUUCAGAAAGGGAAUGUGGAGAAUCAAAGGGAGCACUUGAUUUUGUUACUGGCGAACAUGGACAUAAGAAACAGGAAGCACAGACAAUACUCCCUGCUGCAGAAUGAUACCGUGAGUUACUUAAUGCAUAAAGUUUUCAAGAAUUAUUAUUCAUGGUGUGCCUAUUUGCAUCGUGGGUCAAACAUCAACUUUCCAAAUAAUGCUGAGACACAACAGUUAGAUCUACUUUACAUUGGGUUAUAUUUUCUUAUAUGGGGAGAAGCUUCAAAUGUCCGGUUCAUGCCUGAGUGUCUUUGCUAUAUCUUCCACCAUAUGGCUGAUGAGCUGUACGGAAUUAUUGGUAAUGUACACUUGGCUAGUGGAGGAUAUUUUGAACCAUCACACCAAGGCGAGAAAUCAUUUUUGCAACAAGUUGUGACCCCUAUCUAUCAGGUUAUGCGCAAGGAAGUUCAAAGAAAUAAAGGUGGUACUGCUAGCCAUUCAAGAUGGAGAAAUUAUGAUGAUUUAAAUGAAUAUUUUUGGUCAAAUGAUUGCUUUAAAUUAGGUUGGCCGAUGAAUUUUGAAGCAGACUUUUUUGACCAUUCAGUGGUUAUGCAUCCUAAAACUGAGCGCCGUGACCUAGUUGUUCAUGGACGGAGAAAGCCUAAAACAAAUUUUGUUGAAGUCCGUACAUUUUGGCACCUAUUUAGAAGUUUUGAUCGUAUGUGGAUUUUCUUCAUAUUGGCUUUCCAGGCCAUGUUGAUAAUUGCAUGGAGUCCAUCAGGAUCUCUCACAGCAUUCUUUGACCCAGAUGUUUUUAGAAGUGUUUUGAGUAUCUUCAUAACUGCUGCAUUACUUAAUUUCCUGCAAGCUGCUUUGGAUAUAAUUCUUAGCUGGAAGGCAUGGGGAAGCAUGGAAUACACUCAAAUAAUUCGGUACCUAUUAAAAUUUGCGGUGGCCACUGCAUGGAUAAUAAUUCUCCCGAUAGGCUACUCUAGCUCCGUGCAGAAUCCUACAGGACUCACUAAAUUCUUUAGCAAUUGGAUCGGCAAUUGGCGUAGUCAAUCACUGUACAGUUUUGCUGUUGUCAUAUAUAUGAUACCCAAUAUUUUGGCUGCCUUAUUAUUCAUGCUUCCACCACUUCGGAGAGCCAUGGAGCGCUCCAAUAUGCAUAUAGUCAUUCUUCUUAUGUGGUGGGCACAGCCUAAACUAUAUGUGGGAAGGGGUAUGCAUGAGGACAUAUUCUCACUUCUCAAGUACACUCUUUUCUGGAUCUUGUUGCUUAUUAGCAAGCUUGCAUUUAGUUACUAUGUUGAGAUAUACCCAUUAGUGGAACCAACGAAGACAAUCAUGAGUUUGGGAGUUGGGAACUAUGAAUGGCAUGAAUUUUUUCCUACUUUACAACACAAUAUUGGGGUCAUCAUAACUAUAUGGGCACCGAUUGUCCUGGUAUACUUCAUGGAUGCACAAAUAUGGUAUGCCAUUUUCUCCACUAUAUUUGGAGGUAUUCAUGGAGCAUUCAGCCACCUGGGUGAGAUACGGACACUGGGGAUGCUAAGGUCCAGAUUUCAGUGGGUACCGUCAGCUUUUAGUAAACGCCUUGUGCCAGUUUCUGAGGGGGAACGGAAAAGAAAUGAGGAAGAGACGGAAGUCACAGAACGGAGGAACAUAGCAAAAUUUUCUCACGUGUGGAAUGCUUUCAUCAACUCUUUACGGGAUGAGGACUUGAUUAAUAAUUGGGAGAGGUCUCUGUUGCUUGUGCCAUAUUCUUCAGAUGACAUAUCUGUUGUGCAAUGGCCUCCCUUUCUUCUUGCUAGCAGGAUACCAAUUGCACUUGACAUGGCGAAGGAUUACAAGGGGAAGGAUGAUGCAGAACUAGAAAAGAAGCUCAAGAGUGAUCCCUACAUGUUUUCAGCAGUCAUAGAAUGUUAUGAGACAUUAAGAGAUAUACUUUAUGGCCUUUUGAAAGAUGAUGAGGAUAAAGAAGUUGUCAGGCAUAUAUGUCAUAGUGUGGAUUCCAGCAUAGACCAACGUGAAUUUUCACUUAAGUUCCGGAUGAGUGAGCUGCCCCAGCUAAGCAAUAAAUUGGAGAAAUUGCUAAAGCUUUUGACAAUUGCUCAUGAUGAUGCCGACAAUAUCGAAUCCUAUAGGACUCAGAUCGCCAAUGUACUGCAGGACAUAAUGGAGAUCAUUACACAGGACGUGAUGAUAAAUGGGCAUGGAAUUUUAAGAAAAUCUUCAGCGGAAAUUAGAGCAAAUGAGGGUGAUAAAGAAAAGCUACGGUUUUCAGAUCUAAACCUAGAACUAGUGAAAAAUAAAUCAUGGAAGGAAAAGGUUGAUAGGCUUCUUUUGCUAUUAACUGUCAAGGAAUCUGCAAUAAAUGUGCCAAUGAAUUUGGAUGCUCGACGUCGCAUUACUUUCUUUGCAAAUUCCCUAUUCAUGAUCAUGCCAAAUGCUCCAAAAAUUCGUAAAAUGCUCUCUUUCAGUGUCUUGACUCCAUAUUAUAAAGAAGACGUACUCUAUUCUGAAGAGGAACUCAAUAAAGAGAAUGAGGAUGGUAUAUCAAUUUUGUUUUAUCUUCGGAAGAUAUAUCCAGAUGAAUGGAAGAAUUUCUUGGAGCGCAUAAAUUACCAUCCAAAGGAAGGAGAUUCACUCAAGGAAAAAAUGGAGCAUGUUCGUCACUGGGUAUCAUACAGAGGCCAGACACUUUCCAGGACAGUGAGAGGGAUGAUGUACUAUAGGCGGGCCCUUGAGCUACAGUGCUUCCUAGAUAUGGCAGAGCAUGAGGCUAUAAUGGAUGGCACCAGAACAAGUACACACUCCAAGAACAAUGAUGAUCCAAGGUUGCAGGCUACUGCACAGGCUUUUGCGGAUAUAAAGUUCACUUAUGUUGUUUCUUGUCAGGUCUAUGGAAUGCAGAAAAAGUCCACGGACACUCGAGAUAGAAGUUGCUACCAAAACAUUCUUAACCUCAUGAUAGCUUACCCAUCACUACGUGUCGCAUAUAUAGACGAGAGAGAGGAAACUGUGAAGGGCGAACCAGUGAAGUGCUAUUAUUCUGUUCUUGUUAAAGCUGUGAAUAAGUUGGAUGAGGAAAUUUACCGCAUCAAGCUACCUGGAAAUCCUACGGAGAUUGGUGAAGGAAAACCUGAAAAUCAGAAUCAUGCCAUAAUUUUCACCAGAGGGGAAGCACUUCAAACCAUUGAUAUGAACCAGGAUAAUUACCUUGAAGAAGCAUUCAAAAUGAGAAAUGUUUUGGAGGAGUUAGAUAUUCGACAUGGGCAAAGUCGACCUACAAUAUUGGGUCUUCGGGAGCAUAUUUUCACUGGAAGUGUUUCUUCUCUUGCGUGGUUCAUGUCCAACCAAGAGACCAGUUUUGUGACAAUUGGGCAACGAAUUUUGGCAAACCCUCUCAAAGUUCGUUUCCAUUAUGGUCAUCCUGAUAUUUUUGAUAGAAUCUUUCACCUCACAAGAGGUGGCAUAAGUAAAGCUUCAAAGACCAUCAAUCUGAGUGAGGACAUAUUUGCAGGCUUCAAUUCAACUCUACGUGGGGGAAAUGUUACGCAUCAUGAAUAUAUGCAAGUGGGUAAGGGACGUGAUGUGGGAAUGAAUCAAAUUUCUCAAUUUGAGGCAAAGGUGGCGAAUGGAAAUGGAGAACAAACAUUGAGUCGUGAUGUUUAUCGUUUGGGCAGAAGAUUUGACUUCUAUAGGAUGUUGUCUUUCUACUUCACUACUGUGGGCUUCUAUUUUAGUAGCAUGGUUACAGUACUUACUGUGUAUGUCUUCUUAUACGGGCGUUUGUAUUUAGUCAUGAGUGGUUUGGAAAGGUCGAUUCUGGAAAAUCCAACUGUUCAAAAUAGCAAGGCUCUUGAAAGUGCUCUUGCUCCCCAAUCUGUUUUCCAGCUUGGCUUGUUGCUGGUUCUGCCUAUGGUAAUGGAAAUCGGCUUAGAGAAGGGAUUUCGCACAGCAGUGGGUGAAUUUAUAAUCAUGCAGCUGCAGCUGGCCUCUGUUUUCUUUACCUUUCAGCUUGGAACCAAGGCUCACUAUUAUGGGAGAACACUACUGCAUGGAGGUGCUAAAUAUAGAGCAACAGGCCGUGGGUUUGUGGUAUUUCAUGCAAAAUUUGCUGAAAAUUAUCGGUUGUAUUCCCGCAGCCAUUUUGUUAAGGGGUUAGAGCUCAUGAUAUUGUUGGUUGUAUAUGAAGUCUAUGGGCAAGCAUACCGAAGUUCAACUCUAUACUUGUUCAUCACAGUUUCCAUGUGGUUCUUGGUUGCCUCGUGGUUGUUUGCACCUUUUGUGUUCAAUCCCUCAGGAUUUGAGUGGCAGAAAACGGUCGAUGACUGGACAGACUGGAAAAGGUGGAUGGGAAACCGUGGUGGAAUUGGCAUUCCAGUUGAUAGGAGUUGGGAAUCUUGGUGGCAGAGUGAACAAGAACACCUAAAAUACACGAGCAUCCGUGGACGAGUGCUUGAAAUCAUCCUGGCCCUUCGCUUUUUGAUAUACCAAUAUGGAAUUGUUUACCACCUGAACAUAGCCCAUCACAGCAGAAGUAUUCUGGUGUACGGAUUAUCAUGGUUUGUUAUGUUGACCGUUCUAAUAGUUCUGAAGGCAGUGGAGUCAGUUCUACGUGCUUCAUUAGAAGCACUCACAUAUACAACUAGUUCCAACCAUUGGCAUGGCACGUGCCACAUCACUCGAGUGCAGAUAAAAAGGAACCCACAUGUUCAUAUGGUUUCGGUGGGAAGGCAAAGAUUUGCUACGGAUUUUCAGCUUAUGUUUCGGAUCCUCAAAGGCCUUCUCUUCCUUGGAUUUGUAUCCGUGAUGACCGUCUUAUUUGUGGUCUGUGGCCUCACAAUAUCUGACGUGUUUGCUGGGAUUCUCGGCUUCGUGCCGACUGGCUGGUCUCUUCUUCUGAUAGCACAAGCAUCCAGGCUGCUCGUCAGGAGGUUGGGAUUCUGGGACUCAAUCCAGGAGCUGGGAAGAGCGUAUGAAUACACAAUGGGAAUCGUAAUCUUCAUGCCCAUUGUUGUGUUAUCAUGGUUCCCCUUCGUUUCAGAAUUUCAGACGCGCUUGCUCUUCAAUCAAGCCUUCAGUCGAGGUCUGCAGAUCUCCAGGAUCCUUGCAGGGAGGAAGGAAAACGAUACAAUCUAAAAUUCCCCGGGUCUGUUGCACAGAAACUUGCUCUCUCCUCGGGCAUAUGGAUCAUAUCAUUCUCCAAGCAAAACUGGGUGUAAAUUUUAUGCAUUUGGUCUUUUUCUUUUCUCGUCUUUUCUUUUGGAUCACGAUAUGACAGCAGCUAGGCUUUAUGGUGCAACAGCUAAAUACUUUGUUUAAAGCCUGGAAGCCGACCAUGUAUCGGUGGAAAUAUAGAUUUCGUGUAACAGACGCUAGAUUGAUGGCAUGAAUGUUGGACAUUAUGUUAUUA